GCUCUCUGUGGAGCUUUGGAUCUUGCUUCACUGUUUGACAAAGGCUUGUUUUGUGUUGCACAUCACCUCCUUUUUGUUUUGCCUCUGGUUUCAACCACUGAAAUAUGAAUAUUCUCCAGACAAGGGCCGAAAUGAAGAACCCAGAAGUCCAACAUGUUUCAUUUUCCCAGGGUUUUCGAAUGUUGUUUUACUUGAUACAGCCGAAUGAAACUUCUUUCCAAAACCUAGAAGAAGUGCCGAACUAUGUAAAAGAGGCAACUCCAUUUUUCAUUUCCUUGAUGCUGCUUGAACUUCUGGUCAGCUGGCUUCACAAGGGAAAGCCCUCAGGUCGUUUGGAUGAUGCUCUGACAUCAAUGUCAGCUGGAGUUCUGUCCCGGCUUCCCCAUCUAUUCUUCAGGAGCAUUGAAAUGACCAGUUACAUAUACAUCUGGGAGAACUACAGGCUCUUCAAUUUACCCUGGGAUUCAUCCUGGACUUGGUAUUUAACCUUCCUAAGCGUUGACUUUGGCUACUAUUGGUUCCAUCGCAUGGCCCAUGAGGUUAAUAUUAUGUGGGCUGCACACCAAACACACCACAGUUCUGAAGACUAUAACUUAUCUACAGCACUGAGACAAUCUGUUAUCCAGAAUUACACUUCCUGGAUUUUCUACUCUCCCUUGGCUCUCUGUAUACCACCAUCAGUGUAUGCUGUCCAUAUUCAGUUCAAUCUACUCUACCAAUUCUGGAUCCAUACUGAGGUUAUCAGUAAUCUUGGUCCUUUGGAACUCAUUCUUAAUACUCCUAGCCACCAUAGAGUUCAUCAUGGAAGAAAUCGUUACUGCAUAGACAAAAAUUAUGCUGGCACUCUUAUUAUCUGGGAUAGAAUUUUUGGGACAUUUGAAGCAGAGAAUGAACAAGUUGCAUAUGGUCUAACACAUCCCAUUAAUACAUUUGAACCUUUCAAGGUGCAGUUCCACCAUUUAUGUUAUAUAUGGACUAUAUUCUGGACCACACCUGGAUUCUUUCAUAAGUUUUCUGUCCUAUUUAAAGGACCAGGAUGGGGUCCAGGUAAACCACGACUUGGACUACAUGAAGACAUACCAGAGGUCACAGGAAAAGAAGUUCCUUUCUCAUCCUCAGCAUCUCAGCUGCUGAAGAUAUAUGCAGGGGUGCAGUUUGCUUUGAUGCUAGCAUUUUAUGAAGAGACAUUUGUGAAUACAGCAGCACUGUCACAGGUAACACUCCUUCUGAGGGUUUUCUUCAUUAUCUUGACUUUGACCACCAUCGGAUUUAUUCUGGAUCAAAGACCCAAGGCCGCCAUUAUGGAAACCCUCCGCUGUUUAGUGUUCCUCACAUUGUACAGAUAUGGUCACCUAAAGCCUUUUGUUCCUUCUUUGUCAUUUGUGUUUGAGAUAUUUUUCUCCAUCUGCAUUGCAUUCUGGGGCAUAAGAAGCAUGACACAACUUGCCUCCUGCCUUUGGAGAUAACUUUGGUAGACACAAAUCUUGUUUUAAUCAGUUGUCUACAACUUCAACACACUAUUGCUAUGUAUGGGAAUGUGAUAAUCUCUGGAAUGCUUAUGGGAGCCGAGUUUUUAAUCAACAAUGAAUGAACUUAUUAAAUCUUGCUUGUUUUCAUAUGUAUUAUUUUUCCAUUAAAAUUAAAUUACUUCAAAUACA